AUGAAGAUCGGGGAGAAGGCGUUGUUCACCAAGGAGCUGGAAGUGGCAUUGGAAGAGAAGGCAGUUGACCUGGUGGUUCACUCGCUCAAGGAUCUCCCCACCGUCCUGCCGCCCGGGAUGGUAAUAGCCGCCGUGUGCAAACGUGAUUCUCCGGAAGAUGCAGUUGUUCUUCAUCCUAAGCAUGCCGGGAAGACUCUUUCUCUGCUGCCAGAGGGCAGCGUCGUUGGCACGUCGUCGCUGCGCCGCGUCGCGCAGCUGCGGCGAGCGUUCCCGCACCUGCGCUUCGACGACGUGCGCGGCAACCUGAACACGCGGCUGCGCAAGCUGGACGAUGGCGCCACCUACGAUGCGCUCGUGCUCGCUGCCGCCGGACUCGAGCGCAUGGGAUGGAAGGAUCGCAUCGCGCAGCGUCUCACCGAAGAGGAGAGCCUGUACGCCGUUGGACAGGGGGCGCUGGCUGUCGAGUGUCGGGCGGACGAUGCGAGCACGAUAGCGAUGCUGGCGCAGCUUCAUCACACGACCACGCUGCUGCGAUGCGUCGCCGAGCGCGCCUUCCUCAAGCAGCUGGUGAGCGACUGGUGGCGCCGCCAUCCGCUCUGCCUCCGACAUUAA